UUCAUUUUACAAUAUCAAAUCCUCACAUUCAAAACACUCACCUAUUGUAAAAGAUGACCCCUUUCAUGUGCCUUCUAAUUUUGUUCAUUUCCUCAUUUCAUGAAAGAUUUUCACGACCGAAACGAUUUUAAUAACUAACCUGAAGAUCACCAUUGUUUUGCUCGUGUUUCCAACCACCAUAUAUUCCCCCAUCACCUUCUUGUUUUGAUCAAACUCAAUAUGGAAACUCCUUACAUUUCUCAUCCAUUAUUCAUCAUCUCAUUACCGGUGAUGCUGGUGGCGUUACCAUUAGCCGCCUCUCAAUCGUUCAAACGUUCUACUCCAGCAUACCCGUAUGAUAUCGGGCUAAAACUCAAUUCGACCAUGAAAAUCAUAAUAAUUGCAGCCAUCUUCAGCUUGGGUUUAAUUUCCUUUUUUUCGUUAUUCUUCCGCAAGUGUUUAGACACCUCUUCUUUCGAGUCUCGCUUGCCUCAUCCGCUAGGUACCAAUCUCGCUUCGCGAAUAAAAUUCCCAUGCGGCCUUGAUAAAAAAAUCAUUGAGUCGUUUCCAGUGUUUCCUUAUUCUGAUGUAAAAGAACUCAAAAUUGGCAAAGGAUGCUUGGAAUGUGCUGUGUGCUUAUCCGAGUUUGCGGACCAUGAACGCCUUCGGUUUCUACCGAAUUGCCAUCAUGUGUUUCAUCUUGACUGUAUUGAUUCGUGGUUAGCUUCUCAUGCCACAUGUCCAGUCUGCCGAGCUGACCUCACUGUACCCAUUCCGGACGCUCAAUCUGAGUUGAACCAGUUGCAAAUGGGUGAAUCAGGUACUGAAACCGAAACUGAAACUGAAACUGAAACUGAAAAUUAUUACCCAGAUUCAAUUCAAGUAGUAGAAGAGCGAGCCGCCCCGACGUUCCCAAGAUCGCACUCCACAGGUCACUCGCUGGCUUCACCAGGAGAGAACUGUGAGAGAUACACAUUAAGGUUGCCAGAGGAUGUUCGAAAGCAAAUUGUUACGUUAAAAAGAGCAAAGAGUUGUGGUUCCGGAGUUGACGGAAAUUUACUGAGAGGUGGUGCAGAUGGUGACAGAGUCGGACGUCGUUGGAACUUCACUGUGGCAGGGAUGCUGGGUUUUAUGGCGAAAACCGGUUCUACUGGUAAAAAUGAUCCGGGUCAAUCAUCUUCAUUUGCGGGUUUCUCGGUUAAGAAUCUUGUCGUUUAAGUGUCACUGUGUUUGGUUUGAAAACAAUAAUAAUGGAGUUGAUUGG